AUGGUCGAAGAUGGUAGGUAUGAAAUGUAUCCUUGGGGUCAGAUUGCAUUUAAUAAGCUGAUUACAUCACUCAGGCAAGACUUCAACCAAAGCAAACAGAUGUAUCGCUUAUUUGGUAUGCCUUAUGCACUCAACGUUUGGAUUUACGAAUGUGCAUCUACUCUAAGUCCAGACCUUGCUGUUAAAGAUGCGAAUGGUAUUCCGAGGAUAGGUAAUUGGACAGUGGUGGCUGAAAAGCCAAAAUAUGAAAAGUUAAUGACUAGCAUUUUCUCCGAGAAUACUUGUUCAAACAUUGCACCAACGCAAGAUGAGGUGGAAGCCCUUGAUUUACCUGAUAGUUAA